AUGGACGAUACCCCCAUAAAUACAAUCCCCCAAACUUGGUGUUUCAUACUGAGACUCGAGAGACUUGAGCUCAUACUUGCCUGCAUGAAGGAAAUAAAAACGUCCUUCAUCUCACAACCGUGUCUAACACUUCUCCGGAUUAACCUCAAUCAUCUGGACAUUGCUUCUGGUAGGACUUCGCCUUCUGUUACGCAGUAUUUCAUGCCACGAACGGACACGCCUAGGGUAGAGAAGAUACAAUCAGAUCCGAGCUAUGAUUGGUUUCUAUCUCAAAAGGGCAACUACGGCAAAGGAAAUCUUAGUGCGAACUAUCUACUUCGGCGUGUGUUCAUGGACUACCAGGACUGGAGUAUUCCGGAAUUCUGGCCCUACGAGCUGGAUGGGGUGAAAAGCGAAGAAAAAGAUAAUAAUAAGGAUUCUACUGUCCAGGAGUCGGGUCGCCUUGGUAACAAUAAGGAUGACAAGGUGGGCGACAGAGAGGACAAACCGGAUGAUAAAGCAGUCGACGAGAGGGAAAAAAUAGACCGUGACAAGAAGGUCAAAGAAGAGGAAAUCAUGGGCCUCAAAAAACGUGAUGAGAGGGACAAAGAUGGCUGCAAGGACGAAGAGAGCUGUGACGAGGAUUGCAAACCAAGUGAUGAAAGUCACGAGGAAAGCGAAGAAAGCGACAAGGAAGCUGAUGAUGACCAUGAGAUGGUGAUUGCAAAUUCAUUAGACCUGGAUAUCCGCAACUACCAGACUGAUGACUGGUUAGUCUACUGGUAG